AUGUAUGCCUUAGGACCGGUGGCCCAUUUCUCUCCAGCGGAUAUCCAUAGGCCACGGCGUUACGCCAAAGAAAGUAAUGGUGACAGCGGUGGCGGCAACGACCAGAGCAAUGUGCUGUUGCAGGAUACCUCGCAAGGUCAGGCUUCCAGAGAGCUCAUAACAUAUAUCAUCCCGGACUUCAGGGCAGUCAGCUACUUUCAAAAGGAGUUUAUAGCGCUUAAUGAGUUUCAUUUGGCUGAGGAAGGCGAGGCGCUGGGGUUUGAAAUCUACUUGGUGGACCAGUGGAUUAGAGGCAGAAAGAUCGGGGGAGUCAUUUCUACGUACACGGGGAGCCGUGAUGCCAUAGUGAAGGUCAUAAAGUUCACUAUAAUACGGAAACCAUCAAGGCAGUAUCCCCCUCGUUUUCAGGAGUACUUGAACGAGGUGAUGAUGAACCAUGCGACGUUCAAGAAGAUGGAAAUGGAAACGACAGGUGAUACCGAUGCUGGCAACGGUGCUGAGGAGCCUGCUGUGAGUGAGUUUCUCUUGGUGACAAACCUUGCUGCGCUUCCCUCAACGUUAAACUUGAUACCCGUUCCUGAAGGUGACAUGAGAAUAGUCGAGAAGCGCUUUGUACUCAAUUCAAACUUGAAAAAGCUAAAUUGUGGAGGACGGUCUUUAUCCCUAGCUGCACACAAGGUUUCAGACGCAUCCGAAGACAAGUUUAGACAGAUGUACAAGUUGCGGAACGACAGCGUUCCCAUAGAAUUUGCUGUACGACAGUUGGUCAACCUCAUUCAAACUUGCCUCUUUUACUUCGAUUAUCUAGACGCAAGGUACUGCGAUGGAAUUCUUUGUCAGAAAACAGAAGACGCCAUAACUAACUGGUGGAGUUUGAUCGGUCUUCCUCAUUUCAACUUUAAACCGAACCCUAAGAGCGGCAUCUUGCCAUCAAAAACUGUUGCAGCCAUUCUUAGUCUCACCUUAAGUGUGAGGUUGCGCUUACAAUUGUAUGGUGGCUGUGACGUACCUAAGGAUGUGUUUGACUUCGAGAACUUCAUGCUUUCCAUUGGGCAUUUCCAGAAACAAGUCAAGAUUGAGAAGAAGAGGAAGCUCGACUUGAUCACUCUCCUGCGACUAUUUAAUUACACAAACCAAAAGUAUCCUUCAGACAGUACGAAACGUUUUGGCGACACUUCUGACGAUGAACAUGAGGAAUUUUACGAUCCUUACGUUGGAACCUAUAGCAAUGGCAAGAGCCUGCAGAACGGCAACUCAUUGUAUAAGAAAAACAAAAUCUAUUAUUCGAAAGAGUUAAAGAAGUUGACGAAUGUGGUCAAGACCACUGUUCAGGAUCAUAUCAUCGUGAGAGAAGACGAUGAUACUUUUUUCGACCCAAAGACGGCAUCAAGUGGCAAAAUCAGAAGCAAAAUUGCCUCAAAACUUACAGACAACGUUCUCCCUUCCGAUAUCGAGACGUUGGAUUUAGAUUUUCUUGUCCGAAAACAUCUAACGGGAAGGACCCUCAAGACGCUCUGGUUAGGCGCAAAUUAUCAUUUAGAGCAAAAUCAGAGAACACUACAUGUCGGGUAUUCAAGGGAUCAUAAACGUCAUGGUGACGAUGAAGUCACGAAGUCCGAACAUAGAGAUAGCUCGCUCUACAAGUUUGUCAGCUUGAAAGAUGCUAUUACUAUGAAUCAAUCAUCGAGCGUUGCGCCGAAUGAUAGCAGCAAGAGAUCGGGAAGAAUGAGAUUCGGCUUUCAAGCGAGAAGGGGAAAUCUCUCAUCUAAAAUUGACAUGUUGGGAGACACCUCAAAGUUCAAACAGCAAUUUCUGCAACAAUGUGGUGAUGAGUCCUUUUUGGACGCCCAACUUAACAAGCUUUCCAAUGAGUCAGCAUUCGAAGCUUGCAAAAAAGCCGCCGAAGAUUGCAAUGUUAGGAAGUUUCUCCAGCACGAUACAAGAAACCUCUUGAACAGAAGGAAUUCGUUUUCAAAUGUUCAUCACUUAAAAGAUCUGAAUCUCAACACCAUUGAGUAUAUUAGAGAGGAGCGCGAUGAUUUAUUUGUGCCCACGGUUGGAUAUCAUGAAUUACCGUUGAGGAGGUCUAUAUCUGGAUCGAACUUGGAGGAGGUGAUUCAUAAGUUUGAGCGACCUAUUUGUGAAGAGAAAAUUUGCAUGAGGUUCUUGCAGCUUUUGAUGUUUUUGGCUAAUACUGAGAAGCUCAAAGCUGAGCUUGAUAAAAGCGGCAAUGAUAAGCUAAGGAGAGCAUAUAAACAUAUUAACUUCGAGUUGGUGAAACUACAAAAUUUUUACUCGCAGAUGCAAGCAAAGCAUCAUAACAUCGAGGAAAACUACUCUGCUGUGUUUGUCGGUCGUAUGCGUGACAUCACUGACAAUAUAGACAGAAUGGCUUUCAGAUCGCGUGAUCUUUCCAAGAAAAUUAAUGAGUUGGAAGACAAUACUAGAAAGCUUGAAUUCAAUUUGCAGAACGAGUGUGUGCACAAGUUUGAUGAGAUUACCAAGCACCUUAUUCACAGCCCCAAGUUCCUCAGAGUUUUUAAGGAUGACGAAGAGAGGCAAAAGGUGAUUUUCAGCUUGACUGGCCGUGAUUAUAUCGUGAAGGAGGACAAAGAAUUUGAGAACAACUAUUGGGGACUCCGAUAUUUCAUCACAUGUUUGUACGAGUUGAUGGUGUUCGUUCUCCAGAUGUUCAAUUUUGAUCGAUCAAAGAUGGACUUGGACAGAAUCAGAAAAAUGUACCGUAAGAUUGAUCCUAACCGACGCUUUAUUGACAAGGCAUACCGGCUUGUGGGACAGGAACCCAGCAAGCAGGAUUCAGAAUUACAAUAG